GCAGGCUGUGAUUGGUCUCCAUGGGUCAUGUGGGUUUCUUGGAAUCCUGGAAUUGUAGCUACUGGCACUCCUCUUGUACUUGACGACUUUCCCUUUCCAGCUCUAUUGCAUUAUCAGCUAACUUUCAUAAUAACAACCAGAAUCUGAGUUUGAAAAUAAUAUCCGGUGGGAUAGGGGAAACUUUCAUUUUUUUUCUUUUAAAAGCCAAGAUGUGGGUGCAGGAGCCACUCACCCCAGCGUCAGGCUGUAAGCGUUUAAAUUCUGUGUCACCUGAGAGCCAGGAGUACUGUAUGUGCUAUGAAAAGAAGAGGAGGUCUCCCUAUAGGAUGAGCAGGAUCCUAGCAAGGCAGCAACUGGUGGCUAAGAUUCAGCAAGAACUCCAGGCGAAAGAAGCAUGCGAGUGGUUACGGGCUGCUGGAUUUCCUCAGUACGCACAGCUUUAUGAAGAUUCUCAGUUUCCAAUCGACAUUGCAUCUGUGAAGCGGGAUCAUGAUUUCCUUGAUAGAGACCAUGUAGAGCCACUUUGCAGACGGCUGAACACAUUGAACAAGUGUGCAUCCAUGAAACUCGAUGUCAGCCUCCAAAGGAAGAAGAGUGAAGAUUCAGAUGAAGAAGAUCUUUGCGCUAUCAGUGACAAAUGGACAUUCCAAAGGCUCAGCCGCCGUUGGUCUCGGGUGGAUGACAUUGACACACUCUUCAGGAGAUCGGAAAGACUUGGGUCAUCCGGGGACAUGAAAAACACAACAAGCAGUGAAAGUGUUUUGACAGAUCUGAGUGAGCCUGAGAUAUGUUCUAUUCACAGUGGAAGUAGCGGAGGCAGCGACUGCAGAUGUUCCUAUGUUGGAAACAGUGCUUCUAGAGAGACAUUUGAGUGUAGCGACACAAUGUGUGUGUCAGAUUCCAACUCAAUUAACCUGUUACCUCCAUAUUGGCCAAAGGAUUUCCCAGAUGGUAAACCAAAUUCCAAGUCUGAGAAGACUACUCACACUAAAGCAAAAACACUCCUAAAAUGUAUGGGGACACUUAGAGGCAAAGGCAUACACGGUAAGUUGAAAGGAUUGCCAAAAACUGGAGGUUUAAUAAUUAGUGAGCCUAUCCUGAAACUGGAGCCUGAGUCCCUGAAAUCAAUGAACUGCGUUCAGAUUGGUAAUGGACCAGUGAAUGACUCAUCUAUGGACUAUAAGGUAACUGGAAACUUGGAUUCCAAAUUGGAAAUGAAGACUAUCAAUGAGAGCAUUUCAAGUAUAAAAGAGGAGGACGCUUCCGAAUCAAGCAAACGUGGGGGAAUGUAUCUAGAGGACAUUGAUCUGUUCACAAUGACUGGGAUCCGGGCUAAGCCUAGUCAGAACCACAAAAAUGAAUUUCAUUCACAAGAGGAUCUAGUUGUACAUAUUCCAAAGGACCACAAACCUGGAACAUUUCCCAAAGCAUUAUCUGUUGAAAGCCUCUCUCAUGAUAAUUAUGGAGCUGGAAAUUGGCGUGAUGGAAGCAUAUCGUUUAACAGGCAAAAGGACCUCUGCGCAAAAGAACCAAGAAUGAUGUCUUCAAGAUGUCCGAGAGGCAGCAGGCUUAGUGUGUAUGAUAAUGUUCCAGGCUCCCACUUGUAUGCCAGCACUGGUGACCUCAUGGACUUGGAGAGAGAUGAUCUCUUCCCCCAUUUAGAUGAUGUAUUGCAACAUAUCAAUGGACUCCAGCAGUCUGUAGACCACUGGUCAAAGGAUGUCAUGCCAGAGCUGCAAGAUGAUGAUUUAUCGGUUGGGGAAUCUGGAACCUCAACCUUCCAUUCACCCAAUCCAAUGACAUUGGACUUUGAAGGGAAUUCUAUAUCUGAUGGGAGAACAACUCCAAGUGAUUUGGAAAGAGACGCUACGUCCCUCAAUGAAUCAGACGCAACGGGGACAAGAGAGAGAAGAGACUCAGGAGUUGGAGCAUCACUUACUAGAACAAACAGGCGCUUGCGGUGGCAGAGUUUCCAGAUCUCUCACCAGCUGAGCCGCUCCCUUGCAUCACUUCAGAUCAGUAAUCAGUCCGCAGGCCAGCUCAAUCUAUUGCAGAAAUUCUCGCUACUCCGACUGACCGCCAUCAUGGAAAAGUACUCUUUGUCAAAUAAACAUGGCUGGACAUGGUCCGUACCAAAAUUUAUGAAAAGGAUGAAGGGCCCCGAUUACAAGGAUAAAAAUGUUUUUGGUGUACCUCUGAUGGUUCAUGUGCAGAGAACGGGGCAGCCAUUACCCCAGAGCAUUCAGCAAUCAUUACAAUUCCUGCGCAACAACUGCCUUGAUCAGGUUGGCCUGUUUAGAAAGUCUGGUGUGAAAUCUCGGAUCCAGGCCCUGCGCCAGAUGAAUGAGAACUGCCCGGAGAAUGUAAACUAUGAGGAUCAGUGUGCAUACGAUGUGGCAGACAUGACCAAGCAGUUUUUCAGAGACCUUCCAGAGCCGCUGCUCACUAGUAAGCUAGGAGAGACCUUCCUGCACAUUUACCAGUAUGUUCCCAAGGACCAGAGGCUGCAGGCAGUGCAGUCGGCCAUCAUGCUGAUGUCGGAUGAGAACCGGGAAGUUCUGCAGACACUUCUGUGCUUCCUCAGUGAUGUCACCUCAGUAGAAGAGAAUCAGAUGACCCCGAUGAACCUGGCUGUGUGUUUGGCGCCAUCCCUCUUCCACCUCAAUUUGUUAAGGAAAGACAACUCGCCAAGGGCCAUACAGAAAAAGUAUGCAACAGGGAAACCUGAUCAGAAGGACUUGAAUGAGAACCUGGCAGCUACGCAGGGUCUCGCUCACAUGAUUAUAGAGUGCAACAAACUGUUUGAGGUUCCACAUGAGAUUAUAGCCCAGUCACGGAACUCAUACGUAGAGGCCGACAUCCACCUUCCCACUGUGGAGGAGCUGAGGAAGCAGAUGGAGGAGGAGGCUGGGAGUAUCUGCACAUACUUUGACAAUGUCAUCCAGGGUCUGCAGAAAGAAGCCAGAGAUAAAUUCAAAGGAUGGGUCUCACUGUCCAGCCCAGAGAGCACAGACCUUGCCUACAAAAAGGUGGGAGAUGGAAAUCCGCUGCGACUCUGGAAGGCGUCAGUGGAGGUAGAGGCCCCCCCAUCGGUCGUGCUGAAUCGCAUAUUGAGAGAGCGCCACCAAUGGGAUGAUGAUUUCCUGCAGGCAAAAGUAGUAGAAAGUAUUGAUAACCAAACAGAGGUUUAUCAGUAUGUGGUGAACAGCAUGGCCCCACACCCUUCUAAGGACUUUGUCGUCUUAAGGACCUGGAGAACGGACUUGUCGAAGGGAAUGUGCAGUUUGGUGGCGACCUCUGUAGAGCACGAGGAAGCACCCCUAAUAGGAGGAGUGAGGGCGGCUGUGCUGGACACCCGCUAUCUGAUAGAGCCCUGUGGAUCGGGAAAAUCCAGGCUCACCCACAUUUGCAGAGUUGACCUUAAAGGCCAUUGCUUGGACUGGUAUAAUAAAUGCUUUGGGCACCUCUGUGCAGCAGAAGCUUUGCGGAUCCGGAACUCCUUCCAGCCACUCACUACAGAAGGGCCAGAAACGAAAAUCUGAAGAAUAUAUAAGAGAAGGACUGUAUACACAGCCAUAGACUAUCUCUGCUGGAGGCAGUGCUGUGCAUGCCAAAGCUCCAGGACAUUCCUCAGAGAGCUCCUAGAAGUGAAAACACUCGUUUUUUUAAUUUAAUUGUAAAAAGACAAUGUAAAUAUGUAUUUAAGCUUAUGUAAAUUAAGUAUAUGAGUUAAUGCUUUCUGUGGAAGCUUUUUAUUUCAUAUCUCAUACAUUUUUAUUUCACUUCGCUCACACUGUUUAUACACAUGUGUAAAUGCUAAUAGAACCGACCACAAGUAUUAUAUCUUGACAAUGUAAAUUGUGAUUUACUAUAUGCAUCAAUAAUAUGGACGCAACACAUUAGAUGUCCUCAUCUGUAAUGCACUGCACUCUCCGGACCUUAUAGAAAGGUACUUUGUAUAUAAGAGAAUAAAGAUUUGUCUUCAUGUUUGAAA